AUGGUGACGUUUUCAGCAUCUGGGAAGUACCUCUUUGAGCAGCUAAUCACCUCUCUGGUGCAGGUGGACAAAAAGCAUAGGCUUUUUGUCAAGAAGAGGUUGGAUUGGCACAAUCUAAUCCCUUCGUGGCUAAGACGACGCCACUUAGGGCUGCAGGCAAAAGGCCAGAACUUCAUGCUGGAGGGGUCUGACUUCUGGAUCUUAGGAGGCUCUGUACACUACUUCCGGGUGCCCAGGCAGUACUGGAUGGACCGCUUGCUGAAGCUUAAGGCCUGUGGCUUAAAUACCCUCACCACCUAUGUUCCGUGGAACCUCCAUGAGCCAGAAAGAAACAAGUUUGACUUCUCUGGAAACCUGGAUCUGGAGGCCUUUAUCUGGAUGGCAGCGGAGCUUGGACUCUGGGUGAUUCUGCGUCCAGGCCCCUAUAUCUGCAGUGAGAUUGACCUUGGGGGCUUGCCCAGCUGGCUACUGCAAGACCCUGACAUGAAGCUGAGAACCACGUACAAGGGCUUUACUGAGGCUGUGGACCACUAUUUUGAUCACCUGAUGUCCAGGGUGGUCCCACUCCAGUACAAGCUUGGAGGACCCAUUAUUGCUGUUCAGGUAGAGAAUGAAUAUGGUUCCUAUUACAAAGACCCAGCCUAUAUGCCAUACGUCAAGAAGGCCUUAGAGGAUCGAGGCAUUGUGGAGCUGCUUUUCACCUCAGACAACAAGGAUGGCCUGAGCAAGGGAGUUGUCCAUGGAGUGCUGGCCACCAUUAACUUACAGUCGCAAAAUGAGCUGGACUUACUAACCACAUUUCUCUUAAAUGCCCAGGGAGUUCAGCCCAAGAUGGUGAUGGAGUACUGGACAGGCUGGUUUGACUCCUGGGGUGGUCCUCAUAACAUCUUGGAUUCUUCUGAAGUCUUAAAAACAGUGUCUGCCAUCAUCGAUGCUGGUGCCUCUAUCAAUCUCUACAUGUUCCACGGAGGGACCAACUUUGGCUUCAUCAAUGGAGCCAUGCAUUUUAAUGAAUACAAGUCCGACGUCACCAGCUAUGACUAUGAUGCGGUUUUGACAGAGGCCGGGGAUUACACAGCCAAGUACUUCAAGCUUCGAGACUUUUUUGCCUCCUUCUCAGGUGCCCCACUUCCCCUGCCUCCUAAACUUUCUCCCAAGACUGCAUAUGACCCGUUGAUGCCAGCCUUCUACCUGUCCCUGUGGGAUGUCCUGAAGUACAUGGGGGAGCCAAUCCAGUCUGAAACUCCAGUCAACAUGGAGAACCUGCCAGUAAAUGAUGGGAAUGGACAGUCCUUUGGAUAUACUCUGUACGAGACCACCAUUUCCUCACCUGGUGUCCUCAGUGGUCUUGUGCGUGACCGGGGACAGGUGUUUGUGAAUACAGUAUCCAUAGGGUACUUGGACUAUAACAAGAAAAAGAUCGAUAUCCCCUUGCUCCAGGGUUAUACUGUGCUGAGGAUCUUGGUGGAGAAUCGUGGGCGUGUCAACUACGGGGACAACAUCAAUGACCAACGCAAAGGUUUAAUUGGAGACCUCUAUCUAGAUGGUUCUCCCCUGAAAAAAUUCAAAAUCUACAGCCUGGAUAUGAAAAAGAGUUUCUUUCAGAGGUUCAGCAUCAACAAAUGGAGCGCUAUCCCAGAAACACCUACGUUCCCGGCUUUCUUCUUGAGUGGCUUGUCAGUUGGCCCCGACCCAUCUGACACCUUUCUGAAGCUAGAGGGCUGGGAAAAGGGGGUUGUAUUCAUCAAUGGCCAAAACCUUGGAAGAUACUGGAACAUUGGACCUCAGGAGACCCUCUACCUUCCAGGUACCUGGUUGGACCCAGGUCUCAACCAGGUCGUUGUGUUCGAGGAGAAGGUAGCAGGUCCAAUGAUACAGUCCAUGGAAAUGCCCUACCUGGGCAGGAACAAGUACCUUAACUGA